ACACGACGUGUAUGAAGCGUAUUAUCAAAAAAAAUGACAAAGCCACCGCUUUCUUGUCAGUUUAGCACAUUUAUUAAGACAGGACAAGUUUCUGCUGCAUACAACAAGCUUAUGAUGGAUAGAGGUCAUUAAAUCUCCGUGUAAUCCUCUGCCUGUAAUAAAUAUUGAUUUUAAAUCACCCGGCAUGAACGUUUCUUUAAUUGGCGGCUGAAUAGCUGCAUUUCUUAAAAUGCACUGCGCAUGCCUCUUUCAUCACAGAAAAACUACUAAUCCAUGCGAAAGAAAGAAAACUGUUUCACUCAGAACUCCCAAAUACAGAUUGACAUGGAUUUAGCACCUUGGACCGAUUGUACUGUAUAAUUGUUAAACUUGAGCAAGCAAAGAGAGUUUUACGAAUGUGUCGAUAAUGUUUUUCCCCCACGUUACUGAACUCAGCGGUGGAGCUGUUCAGGUGCUGUGGUGCUGAACGGUUCGACCACCAGGUCUGGAUGGAACCACUGUUCAGCAACUUGUGCUCAGAGUCUCACACGCAUCUGUUAAGCCGCGAUGAUAUCGGUAUCUAAUGGUUUUUGAAUGAAUCCCCCUUGCGUUGUUUUAUUUCACUACCACGCCCCAGAAGAAAAAAAAGCCAAAUAACAUCGGUGCGUAAUUACAUUUCUGUGACAGGCACUCGCAAAUACACCCUCUCUUCUGUCUCUCUCCCCUCAGUGAAGAGCGUACAGGAUGUUGCAGAGUGAUAACAGCAGCCCCGGCGUAUGGGCAGGCUGGCAUCCCUGCUUGAGUGUAAUUCCGUGUGGGAGGAGGCUGGGUGGGUUUAAGUGUAUCUAGUCUUUUCUCUUCACACGCUCUGCUGUGCGCACAGACCGGAGACAACAGCAGAGAGCGUCGCACCUCUCCUCCUCUCCAUGUGAUGUGCAGCAGGUCGGUGAGGGCGCAACAGUAAUCUCAAAUACUAUCCCCGCAUACAACUACAUGGAGAGUUAACCAAGUGCGCCUCCGCUUUCGAGGGUGCUCGCUCACUCACUCAGUGCUCUCCCCCCCCCUCCUCCAGCCUCUCUCCAGCGUCAACAUUUGUGAAGUGGCUGCCUCACCCGGUCGGACCGGAGGCCGCCUGGUCUCUGAUCUGGUCUCAGGACUCACCGGAGACUCGGCGCGCUCCAUCGGGGCCAGGCUGUGCGCCUCUCGGAUCACGCCCGAGCCGCCCCGAACUCUGGCGAUGGAGAUGAUGGAGGGGGACGUUAUGGACAAGCUGGAGGACAUGUCGUCGGUGUACGACUUCGAUCCGAUCACCGGCAACAUCCCCGCCACCAAAGUAGAAAUCACCGUCUCCUGCAGAAAUCUGCUGGAUAAAGACACAUUCUCAAAGUCAGAUCCAUUGUGCGUGCUCUAUACUCAAGGUGUCGAAACCAAACAGUGGAGAGAGUUUGGCAGAACGGAGGUCAUAGACAACACUCUCAACCCAGACUUUGUUAGAAAGUACAUCUUGGACUACUUCUUUGAGGAGAAGCAGAAUCUUCGCUUUGACUUGUACGAUGUCGACUCCAAAAGCCCGGACUUGUCCAAACAUGACUUUUUGGGUCAGAUGUUCUGCACUCUUGGGGAGAUUGUCGGAUCCCCAGCCAGUCGGCUUGAGAAACCACUGGGAGGGAUCCCAGGGAAGAAAUGUGGCACCAUCAUCCUGUCUGCAGAGGAGCUGAGCAACUGUCGAGAUAGUGCCACCAUGCAGUUCUGUGCCAACAAGCUGGACAAAAAGGACUUCUUUGGAAAGUCGGACCCUUUCAUGGUUUUCUACAGAAGCAACGAGGACGGGACGUUUACUAUCUGCCACAAAACAGAGGUGGUGAAGAACACGUUAAAUCCCGUGUGGCAGCCUUUCACCAUCCCGGUGCGAGCGCUCUGCAACGGAGACUAUGACAGAACCAUCAAAGUGGAAGUGUAUGAUUGGGAUCGGGAUGGCAGCCACGACUUCAUUGGGGAUUUUACGACCAGCUACCGAGAGCUAGCUCGAGGGCAGAGCCAGUUCAAUGUGUAUGAGGUGAUUAAUACCAAGAAGAAAAUGAAGAAAAAGAAAUAUGUCAACUCUGGAACAGUGACGCUGCUGUCGUUCUCCGUGGAGUCGGAGUUCACAUUCUUAGACUACAUCAAAGGAGGGACUCAGAUCAAUUUCACUGUGGCCAUUGAUUUCACAGCGUCUAAUGGUAACCCCUCCCAGUCCACUUCGCUGCACUACAUGAACCCCUACCAGCUGAAUGCCUACGCCAUGGCCCUGAAGGCUGUUGGGGAGAUAAUUCAGGACUACGACAGCGACAAGAUGUUCCCCGCUCUGGGCUUUGGAGCCAAACUGCCCCCUGAUGGGCGGGUGUCACACGAGUUCCCACUGAACGGAAACAUAGAAAACCCUUACUGCAACGGCAUCGAAGGCAUCUUGGAGGCUUACCAUCAGAGUCUGAAGACAGUGCAGUUGUACGGGCCGACCAACUUCGCUCCCGUGGUGAACCACGUCGCCAGAUAUGCAGCGGCAGUGCAGGAUGGCUCUCAGUACUUUGUGCUCCUCAUCAUCACAGACGGCGUCAUUUCAGACAUGGCCCAGACCAAAGAGGCCAUUGUGAAUGGCGCCAAGCUUCCCAUGUCCAUCAUCAUAGUUGGAGUUGGUCAGGCCGAGUUUGACGCCAUGGUGGAACUAGACGGCGAUGACAUCAGGAUCUCAUCCAGAGGGAAACUAGCAGAGCGGGACAUUGUUCAGUUUGUUCCCUUCAGAGAUUACAUGGACCGCACAGGUAACCACGUGUUGAGCAUGGCGAGGCUCGCCAAAGACGUGCUGGCGGAGAUCCCCGACCAGUUCAUAUCCUACAUGAAGAGCCGGGGGAUCAAACCCAACCCGGCGCCGCCCCCCUACACGCCGCCGGGACACACGCACCACCACACACAGAUCUGAGACUCCUCCCGUUGGCUUUUCAUUGAGGACUGACCGCAUGCAGCAGCCACUUUGAGUCCAGUGGGAACUCUCGACCUCCUGUUUCACGGUGAAAACAGGAGCUGGAACACCAGGAAACUGACCUGCUGGGGCAGUAUUCCGCUUUUUUUUUGUUUUGUUUGUUUGUUUUGUAUUUCUGUGAUAUAUCCCUUUGGUUAGUUUCUCUUGAGGAGAGACUCCAAACUCUUCAGGACUCGUUGGUGAAAGCCGUUCAGGCGGUGACUGUUUCACGUAUCAUUUGACGGCAGGUUGGUUCAAAAAAAGGUCAUGUUGUGGUUUAAACUCGUGCCUGUCUGUGGUUGUUUCUAAGUGUAUCAGGACAUGUGAACUUUGACCUAUGCCUUGCUCGUCACUCAGUGGUGUGGCCUAAUCCAUUGAUAUUUUUUAGGCACCUUUUUUCCCGUCUGGUUUUUAUAUUUGGGGAGUACCUCCGCAUCUGCCAAUGCAACGGGAGGAAAAAAACUACGAGAGUGUAGUUUACAGUUUAUUACACCGAACAUUAAUCAUCUUUUUUCCUACCAUGACGUGUCACCUCCCGUCCUGUUUAUUAAGUAAAUGUUUAUUAGAGCAUGUUGUAUGAGAAUUAAACUCCCAUAUCAAAUAUUUACUCUCAGAUAUAGUCAAGAGUGGCAUGAACAUUUGAUAGAUUCGUUUUGAAUACCAUAAAAAAAAAAAACUUUAUCCAUUUUGCAGGUGUCACCACUUAUUUUUUUAGCGUAUGAAAAGCACAAACCCGUCUCUAUACCAAGUACGAGAUUUACGCUGAUGCUGCCAGGUUAAUCACGUUUAAUCUUUUGGAGUGCUGCUAUUCAUUUCUGUACCUGAUAUAUUUUUUUGCACUGCGGCCAUAAUUCGACAUAGGAGAUUGUUGGCUGAAGGUGCAUUUAAGGUUUGUGUUCAGUUUUAUUUCCAUCGCAGAAGACUUUGCACCCAAAACACACAGAGGCAGGCCAAACUGAAACACAGAUGGUGUAAAAGGGACCUAAAAAUUGGGCACAGCGGGGUUAUUUAAGCCCAAAUUACCUGACAAAGUGACCUAGAAGGCCACAGCUUCACUGUGUGGCAAUUACUUCAAUUUCUUUAAUUGCCAUUGUGUGGUAAUAGCUAGAAGGUAUUGUGGGAAAAACAGUACCUUAUUUCAGUUUGUAUUUGGCACAGACUAACUGGCACAUUAUGGCACCUAGUUAGCCAGUAGUUAAUUGGGUCCCACAUCUCAUUUUUGGUCCCGGUGGCAGGUUAUUUUAUUCCAAAUACGAACCCCUGAACACACCACCGCCUACAACCCGGAGACUUCCAGCGACAGCGUAACUCUGUAAACCCCUAGUGGUCACACACCAGCAGCCACGUAACCUCCACUGACACAGCCUCUCCCCUAGAGACUUUCAUUGAGCUGUCCGACCCUGCGCCGCAUCAGAAACUGUGUGGCAGCUACUUCCAAAGAAGUCCACAGAGCUCCACAUUUAUUUUUUAACAAUGCGUUUCAUGUGCGCAAAAACCCCCAUUAACAAGUCUGUCUACACCGCAGGCUGGGGAGGGACCAUAUCAUGAUUUUGCUUCAGUUUGGCUUUUUCCGUAGCCUCCUACCACCUGUGACGUUAGUUCAGCGUGAAGACAUAAAAAUAAGCUGGCAUCCACAUAGCAAAUCCAAUUUUACGGCAUCAGUAACGAAGCUUGUAAUCUGAGAUGCCUCCUCGCACAAUGCUGCAACAAUAAUCCCCCCACAGUCACGUCAUGUGUUGCCUUAUGAAAAUAACAAAGUGAAAAGAUUUUUUUUUUUUUUUCAGCUAAAGAAAUUCAACAAGUAUCCUUUCUGAUCAUUGUUCAUGCAUGAUGCAUAUAGUAAGAAGGACUUUAAAGGCCAUAACGAAAGCAUUCAAUGCCAGAAUACAGUUUACAGACCAUCAGUAACAUUUAUCGUGGUACUUAAAGGGAGAGGACACCCAAAAUUUAUGGCUUAAAAUUAAAACAUUUAUACACAUAAUAAUAAUCAUGUAGUACUUUCAGUUUAUUCCAUUUUGAGGCACGCAGUUUGGUCAAGGCUUGAAUAUGUUAAGAGUUUGGCUUUGAUGAUGCCCUAAACUGCCAAAAGAUAAAGUGCAGGGAAAAUAAAUUGACCACAAUCACCAUGAUGCAGCAACAGUGGCCAUGCAAAGUAGUGUUGGGUGAGGAAAUAGUUUUGGUGGAACAUUUUGCACAAUGAUGUUUAAUGACAUACACCGCUCAUUUAAAGCCAACAACUUUUACACUGGUCAAGAGUGAAGAGAUCUUAAUCAAACCUUGGAUUUUCAGCAUGUACCGCAGGUUGUAGACUCGCAAAAAUUCACAAGUUGUUGCUAUUUCCCGUGGGAUUGGUGUAAAAGUGUAAAAGUGCCCAGUGGCAGGUUGUAUCCCAAAUGUGACUGGGAGUGCUGAUUCCCUGAAGAUGACUUCUAAUAACUGUGGCGAUUGCUUUUUCUGUGUCGCUCUCAUCCAGUUGAAACUCAAUCUGUCCCGUGCUUUGACUUGAGGUGCCUUGAGCAAGCAGCUAACCCCCAAAUUGGUGUCCAGGUGCGGCCCCCCCCACCUCGAGAGCAAUGGUUCUCAAUCUUUCUGGGGUCCUGGACACCCUGCAUAUUUUUUAAUCUACCCUGAGGAACCCCCCACGCUGAUAAUCUUUUUGAUUAUUAUUUGUGAUUUCCUCCUCGUUAACGAUCAAACUGAAAAGGCUGAAUAGACGCCAUUUUUUUCGCUGUAGAGUCACAACUACGGUGCAAGUGAAUCGACCGAGGUGAGCGGAGGGAACAUUUGACUUCAUUACCCAGCCUGCAUUGCAACGCAAACAACAGCGGCGACCUACAAGUGAAAUUAUAUUUUCCAAUUUUAGAAAAACAAAGACAUCAAGGAUAUUUUCUGACUCCUUAGUCUUAUGAAGCCUACAUGUAAUUAUAGUUGGGGUCCCUUUAAUAAAAUACAGUGAAUUACACUUUGUGAAACAGAUGUAAUUAGAGAGACAAAAAUCACCUGUAGUUUAGUUAGAUAAAGGACUCGGUCACAUUUGAGUAACAUAAUCCUGUUUCUAUAAAUAUGAUUUUUUUUAAAAGAUAUUUUAUUUUGCAAUUACACCACCGACCACUAGGGGUCCACCUUGAGAACCACCGCCCUAGAAGCUGCAACACUCCGCCCUGAUUUGGCAGGAUUUAGUUUGGGAUCAAGAAAGUAUAAAAUAUUAAAUAAUAAUAAACCUAAUUAUCAUUAUUAUUUUUAUAUUUCAAACACCAACAAACUGCUCUGAGGUUCUGUAUUUAAUCAUUCCCAUCAGCCUCAGCUUUAUCAUUAGGUUUAGCUUAAUUUGCAAAUGUGUGCAUGCUGUUAACAAAAGCAUGACGGUGAACAUGGUUAACGCAACCCGCUGAGCGUGCACCCAGGUGUGAGCAUGUUAGCAUUUAGCUAAAACUUGUCGUUUACAGAGACAAACUGCUUCUCCUACCUCUCCUACUUUCCAUCUUUGCCACUCUCACUGCAGCCGCUACAUUCUGCAAAGCGUAAUUAUUUGGUUUAAUUUUAAAUUCAACCUUCACGGGAUGUAAAGGUGACAACAAACAAACAAAACAAAUAAAUGAAUAACGUGCAAAAAAGGGAGUAACGACGAGCUGUAACUGGUGUCUUCUCCAUUUAAAAACCAACAAGUUGAGGCAGAAGCAGAAUUCACGGGAGCUGAAAAGGUUCUUUUCAGGCGUCUAAUGUAGCAAACUAAAGGCCUUAAUGAUGUGAAAGGCAGCCACUCCAUCUCAUUUAAUCCUGCCCAUGAGAAGUAGUUGAGGUGGAUAAGUUAAGGCUCUCGGAUGAAAGGGAGAAAUUCAGUUAAUGGAAGUUGAAAUGUGAAACAAGAAAAACAAAAGAGUGGACGUCUGCGAUAAUGUAACAGCGCAUUUGCAUAUAGAUCCCAUCAACACUUCCAAAUGAGAUCUCAUUGUACAUGUUUGAUAUAUUUUUUUGGGAAUAUUACAGGACUGAAGAUAUUUAUUGAUUUAUUUUCUAUGUUUCUAUGACAAGCCAUCGCCCCCCGGCGUCUUACUUCAUUAUGGUGACUGUUUGUUUGUAUGAUAAUCAACUGCAUGUUUUUCUUGGGGCACAAUCAGAGUGUUUUCCACGCGGUGCCACCAUCUGUAAGAUAUAAAUGGACCCAGCCCGAUCAGAUUACAUGCAUUUUCUGUGCCAAACAUGGCAGUAACAAUGGACUGUAUGCUAUUUCUUCUCUCUUGUGCCUGGUUCUUCUAACACUUCUCGUCUCACCAGUGGUUAAACGACUGUAGCUAAUUUGCAUGUUACAGUUAACACUUUUUUUUUUCCUAACGGUUUGAUUUUAUUUACCUAAAUCCCACGACUAUCUUUGUUGUUUAUAUCUCUUCAGUUUUCUGAUUUGCAUGACUUCCCUACUUUCUGUUACAAGGGUUUUUAUUGUACAUGAUUAUUGUCAUAUGGUGGGUUGUGAAAUGCUUUGUAUUGGAUUGCCUUAAAUGAAAAUGAAUUAAAAAAUGACUACUUUUAUAAAAGUUA